AAAAAAGGACCACGAGAAAGCCCUACCUCAACAAAACACUUUCGUGCCCAUACAAGCACCAAGGUCUCUCUGCCGCGAAGAAGGCGCGGGAGCCACUUUUCCGGUUUCGGCGGCUGAUAUCUUCCUCUAAUCGCAGAUUGUCAGCAUUAGAUUUAUUUUCCAACAAUUCAAUCAAGUCAAGAAGAAUCAUUUCUAUUUGUGCUACUAAACAUCAAUUACAUAAUAUAAACACUCACUUCGAGAUGGGUGCCGAACAAUACCGUCCUCCUUUGUUCAGUGUUGCACCUAUGAUGGAGUGGACCGAUAAACAUUACAGAACUGUUGCACGGAUCAUAUCAAAACAUGCAUGGCUGUAUACGGAGAUGCUUGCUGCAGAAACAAUUGUUUAUCAACAGGGAAAUUUGGACAGAUUUUUGGCAUUUCCUUCUGAACAACAUCCCAUUGUGCUGCAAAUUGGUGGGAAUAAUUUAGACAACAUUGCAAAAGCAACUCAACUUGCUAAUGCUUAUGGCUUUGAUGAAAUUAACUUGAAUUGUGGGUGUCCUAGUGCCAAGGUUGCUGGACAUGGAUGCUUUGGUGCCCGUCUUAUGCUCGAUCCAAAGUUUGUCAGUGAAGCCAUGUCAGUAAUCGCUGCCAACACAGAUGUCCCUGUCAGUGUUAAAUGCCGAAUUGGUGUAGAUGAUCAUGAUUCUUAUAAUGAGCUAUGUGAUUUUAUCUAUAAGGUUUCUUCUCUAUCUCCCACUAAGCAUUUUAUUAUACAUUCACGGAAGGCUCUGCUCAAUGGCAUUAGCCCAGCUGACAAUCGAAGGAUUCCUCCCCUGAAAUAUGAGUACUAUUACGCCCUCUUACGUGAUUUUCCUGACUUAAGAUUUACAAUAAAUGGAGGCAUAGAUUGUGUUGAUGAGGUAAAUGCAGCAUUAAGAGAAGGAGCGCAUGGUGUAAUGGUUGGGCGUGCUGCCUACAAUAACCUCUGGAAUACUCUGGCACAUGUUGAUUCUGCUGUUUAUGGCGAGCCAAGCAGCGGCCUUACACGUCGUCAGGUCCUUGAACAAUAUCAAGUAUAUGGGGAUGCUGUUCUGGGAACAUAUGGGAAUAAUAGGCCUAAUAUGCGGGAGUUGAUAAGGCCUUUAUCUGGUUUUUUCUAUUCUGAGCCCGGAAACAGUUUGUGGAAACGCAAAGCUGAUGCUGCUUUCCUGAAGAAGAAUAUUACGACAGUCAAAUCCUUUUUUGAAGAAACCCUAGUGGCGAUUCCUGAUGCUGUCUUGGAUUCACCUGUUGCGGAGCUACCAUCUGGUCGUAAAGAUCUUUUUACUAAAGUACGGGGAUUGCUUCCACCACCAUAUGAAACCAGAACAGAGGAUGUAGUAGUAAAUUCUCAGUCUUAACAUAGAGGCUUGAUUUAUACCUUCCUACAUCCCAUAGCUUACACAGCAUUUGCAAUUUUUUGGAUGACCUGGCUGGUUGGUCCGUGUAACAUUAUGUGUGAAUUAUGUGUUAAAUCAGAAGAUUUAUGAUUGCCCCUCAACACUGAGGUACAAACACUUUGGAUGUACUAAAAGCCUUCGAACUAGGAUUACAACAGGGUACCCAAAUUGCAAGCAGGUAAAAUUACAAAUGUAUGGCAAUGAAUCUGAUAGUUUUGGAAUAUUAACAUAUUUUAUGGUUUAAUUUUUGUGCUCGUAUUUUCGAUGCA